AUGUCAAUAAAAAGGACUAGAAAAGUCAGACUUGAAAGCGAGAAAAUGAGUUUGUCUGUUGGGUUACAACUUCAAGGCAUCGACGACUAUAUUGCGCCAAGCCAAGUCUGCGUUAUGCCACUUACAGAGGACAAAGCGCCGCAAAAAAAACAGUCUAAAAUUAUGAUAGAGGGCACUACCCCACAAGAAAACACGACGCAGUUAACACGGGUAACUGUGCGACUUGAGGACUGUUUAGCGUGCAGUGGGUGUAUUACAUCUGCGGAGUCCAUUUUGAUAGAGGAACAAGGUUUCAAGCAAUUCAAGAACACUCUCAAGACGCUCCCAACGACGCGGAGAAUUGUCUGCUCAUACGCGGACGAAGUCAUUGCGAGUCUUUCCGCGUAUCACAAUCAACCGUUUUGGAUGGUAGUCGCACGCCUUGAAAAAGCCAUGAAACGAGAGGGCGUCAGUGAAGUUGUUGAUUUGACCGAUGCAAUGGACGUCUCACUCUUGUCGAUGUACGAAGAGUACAAACAACACCAAAAGGAGAAGAAAGUGUAUCUGACGACAACAUGUCCGGGGUGGUUAUGUUAUGCGGAGAAGAUGCAAGGGGAUACUAUCUUCCCUUAUUUAGGCAAGACCGCUUCAGCAAUGACCAUCAAAGGCAUCUUGUUAAAGGCAACGUCGGACGUCUACCACGUCUCCGUCCAAAUGUGUUAUGAUAAAAAGCUGGAAGCCACCAAAGAGAUUAAUGGGCUGAAGAGUGUUGAUUGUGUGUUAACAACGAACGAAAUAGAUGACAUCAUCAAUUGGGAAGAAAAGAUCGAGAAAGUGGGGGAGGGAAUUAGAGAGUUUGGGUAUUUGAAUGAGCCCGGGAAGUAUAUUGCACUACGAGAAGGACUACCAGACACUUUCACAACACUCCGCAAUAAAGACUUCUUCGAGAACAGCCAUGUUGCUAUAGUCUAUGGCUUCAGAAAUAUUCAAAAUGUCGUUCGCAUGACAAAGACAAAGAGUAAAUUUGACUUCAUUGAAGUAGAAGCAUGUCCCGGGGGGUGUUUAUGUGGUGGUGGACAAAUAAAGUGUUUACCUAAAGAACGAACGGAGCGUGUCGAGAAGAUGCGCUCCGUGAUGAGGAGUCGAGAAGUCGAAGAAAAGAAUCGCAUCUUCUACAACCAAGUGAAAGACAAAGUCUUUGUUACGCUGACGAAUAGGAAGCCAAGCAAUGACAAAGCUAAUUUGAAUUGGUAA